AUGGCGCAGCCAUCCGGAAGAGUCCUCGAGGGUGUCUUCGGUGAGGCCAAUUCCUCUCCUGAGACGUUGCCUGUGAACAAACCUCCGAAUCUGUCCUCCGCUCAAGUCCUCCGUGACCUCCAACACAAAUUCGCCGAUUCGAAGACGUUUGCGCCAUUGCUUCAGCGUACAAAGAAUGCUUUGGAAGAACAAGAGCGACACCAGCCUAAGCGGCGGAAGAAAGGCAAUGACCAAAUAUUUAAAAUGGGCCACGGGGGCACUCUUGAUCCCAUGGCGACGGGCAUCCUGAUUGUCGGGAUAGGCAGGGGCACGAAGUAUUUGCAAGAUUUCCUAGGGUGCAAGAAGACCUAUGAGACUGUCGUACUGUUUGGGAAAAGUACGGAUACGUAUGAUGUGACGGGAAAGGUCGUUGCAGAAACCCCGGCAGAGCAUAUCACCAAAGAUCUGGUUGAAGAAAAGAUUGAGGGAUUUCGUGGGAAACAGAAGCAGAUGCCGCCUCUUUUCAGCGCGAUCAAGAUUAACGGUAUGAAAGCCUACGAGUAUGCAAGAACCGGCAAAGAACUCCCCCGGGAACUGGAAACUCGUGAUGUCGAAGUCUCAGAGUGCUCCCUUCUCGAGUUCUACGCGCCAGGCGACCACGAUUUCCGCUGGCCGGCCGAACAAGCGCCCGAAGAGGAAAAGGCCCUUGCCAAAAGACUUAUGGCAGGAGUCGAGGCAACAAGACAGGCGACCGCCCCAGUCGCAAAAGCAGAGGUGCCUGAAAAGCCUGCGACCGAACAGACAAAGGGCUCCGAUAUUAACAAAAUCCCUUACGAGAAGAAAGCCGCAAUGCACAUUCACACUGCUGCGCAAGAGGCGUUCCCCGCCAAUGCUCCAGCCGCACGCAUUCUUUUAACUGUCAGCAGCGGCUUUUACGUGCGAUCUUUUGCGUACGAUCUCGGCAUUGCUUGUGGCUCAUACGGAUCGAUGGCUUCUCUGAUUCGCAGCCAACAGGGGAGCUAUACCACUGUCCAGCCGGCUCCGGCGAGCUUCAUUCCAACACUGACUUACGAAGACUUGGGGGCUGGAGAGGAUGUGUGGGGUUCUAAAAUCUCGUCGGUGCUGGAAGAGUGGGUGAAGGAGCAUCCAGAGACUCCGGCCCAGAAGGAGUACGAUCAUCGAGACUUUUCGAGGGGCCACAAUGACUAUAGAGGAGGGAGGGGUUCUCGUGGGCGCGGACGAGGUCAAAAGAGGUCGUGGAAUGAUCGUGGAGACAACGGCUCCCGCAGCUCCAGGCGGCGCAACAGCUCGUCGGAUGAGUCGAACUCCUGA